GACCUAGAGGCACCUAUACAUACAGGUGGACGCUACCAGAGUCACCAUGAAUAAGGCGGCUGGUGAGGACGAGCUCGCAGAACUCUUCAGUCUGAUCCCGGACCUUCUGCAGGCGGCCAACAGGAGCGACAACGCUUCGCUGCCGCUCCCGGACUUGUGGUGGGAGCUGGGGCUGGAGCUGCCGGACGGCGCGGCGCCAGGGCAUGCCCCAGGCAGCGGCAGGGCAGAGGGUGCGGACACCGAGGCCCGGGUGCGCAUCCUCAUCAGCGUGGUGUACUGGGUGGUUUGCGCCUUGGGGCUGGCGGGCAACCUGCUGGUGCUCUAUCUGAUGAAGAGCAAGCAGGGCUGGCGCAAGUCCUCCAUCAACCUCUUUGUCACCAACUUGGCGCUGACGGACUUUCAGUUCGUGCUCACCUUACCCUUCUGGGCGGUGGAGAACGCUCUCGACUUCAAAUGGCCCUUCGGCAAGGCCAUGUGUAAGAUCGUAUCCGUAGUGACGUCCAUGAACAUGUACGCCAGCGUCUUCUUCCUCACCUCAAUGAGCGUGGCGCGCUACCACUCGGUGGCCUCCGCUCUUAAGAGCCACUGGACCCGAGGUCACAACCGGAGCGACUGCUGCGGCCAGAGACUGGGGGACAGCUGCUGUUUCUCCGCCAAGGCGCUGUGCGUGUUGAUCUGGGCCUUGGCGGCGCUGGCCUCGCUGCCCAACGCCGUCUUCUCCACCACUGUCAAGGUGAUGGGCGAGGAGCUGUGCCUAGUGCGCUUCCCCGACAAGCUGCUGGGCGGCGACAGGCAGUUCUGGCUGGGCCUCUACAACUUACAGAAGGUGCUGCUAGGCUUCGUGCUGCCGCUCGGCAUCAUCAGCCUGUGCUACCUGCUGUUGGUGCGUUUCAUCUCCGACCGCCGCGUGGCGGGGACCCAAGGAGGGGCCUCGGCAACCGGGGGAGGCCUGGCUGCAGCCAGCGCCCGGAGACGGUCCAAAGUCACCAAGUCAGUGACCAUUGUGGUCCUAUCCUUCUUCCUGUGUUGGCUGCCCAACCAGGCGCUCACCACCUGGAGCAUCCUCAUCAAGUUCAACGCGGUCCCGUUCAGCCAAGAGUAUUUCCUGUGCCAGGUGUACGUGUUCCCACUGAGCGUGUGCCUGGCUCACUCCAAUAGCUGCCUCAACCCCAUCCUCUACUGCCUCGUGCGCCGCGAGUUCCGCAAGGCGCUCAAGAGCUUGCUGUGGCGCAUCGCGUCGCCUUCGCUCACCAGCAUGCGCCCCUUCACCGCCACCACCAAGCCGGAGCCGGAGGAUCAGGGGCUGCGGGCCCUGGCGCCUCUCCAUCCCGUCGCAGAGCCGGACCUGAUCUACUACCCGCCUGGAGUGGUGGUCUACAGUGGGGGCCGCUACGACCCGCUGCCCAGCAGCUCCACCUGCUGAGACGGUCACCACAAAGUGCCCCCCGCCCCCCUCCAGCGCGGAAAGAGAAGAGCCGAUUAGGGAAUGCUGGGGCCACUAAAUCCAAAGGUAGGUGGGAUGGAGACGAGGAGAAGCGUACAGGGGCAGCCUGUGAAAAGGCCGGGGGACCUUCUUCGAGAGGGGAGGAUUCGAAACCGAGAGAGAGGAAGCUGGCAAAGGAGCCAGAGUUCAGCCUCAUAGGGCCAGGCCACCUCCGUUCCUCUUCCCUCCAACACACCUUUUCCUCUCUUUAUGGUGUCAGCUCUGGGCAGUAUGGGGGUGUCCAGAAGAGAAGGCAUGAGAAAUUUGGGCGCAAGGAAGUAGGGGCUCAGACAUAUGGAGCUCAGACAAUUGAGCGCAUUUCUUCCUGCGACUUUGAGGAGCCCUUGAAAGGGUCCCGGAGGUGCAGCCAGCCAGGGGAGCCGCCCACAAAACCUUUCGUUUGCGCCCUGGCCAGGGAGACUGCCCUGGCGUGAACGUCUGUCUUGCGAGGCUGCGCUGACAGCCUAGAAUCUGGGAGAUGGGAGAAAGUAGUGACAGUCUCACCCCCAGGAGAAUGCACGAGAGAGGCACCUCCUAUAGAGCCAUUGUGCCGUUUUCAUCCAGGACAAGACAGUGGGCACACGGGGCACCGACGCUGCCUCUGCACGACCUCCACGAUUAAAUGUCAUCGGGGCAAAAGACUUGUCUACCGCGAGCAAGAGCGAUUCCCUGGGGGGUGGUGUCUGCGCGAGCGGGAGCAGACGCAGUGUGAUUAGAGGGGCUGAAUAGAGAGACUUCCUCAGGCUACUGACCCUAAAGGAAAAAGGGGUCUCCCUGCUCACUUGGUAACCGAGCAG